UUUAGUGGCAUAGAUUUUCAAUUAGACAGCAUCAGGAUUCGGAGUCAGCAUCGUAGUUCACACAUAGCCGAUGUACAUUUUAAAGUCGCAUUGCCUCAAAUUCAGUGCAUAUUUUACGAUUGCAUUCAAGCCAAAAGCCACUCGUGUCUUCGACAGCAGCUAACGCCCAAUGAAAGCCCACUCGACGGCCGUGGACCUCUGCCAGAACGAUGUUGAUGUGGUCGUCCAGUUGCGACAGCUGCAGUCCAAUCAUCUCUUGCUGCGUGCUCAGUUAACUCAGCUGCAACACGACGCGUUCAGGCGACGCCUGCUGCACCAGAAAAGCCUCUACGAGACGCGUGCUGCCCUGGAGAGCCAGCUGCGACAGCUGCAACUCAAGCACAAUCGACGCUGGGGUCUGUAAGAAGAGAAGGCGUGGCCAACCUGCAAAGCAUGUGCGUCAGUCAAUCAACUUUUCAAAUUAUCGCAAGUUCAAAUUUAAACUUUGAAAUUAGCCUGGGCUUGAUGACUUCAAUUGCAUGUCAGUUUUCGAUAUGGUCCAUGCGACUGAAGGGUUUGCUUGAAAUGUAAAAAUUAACCUGGCUGUCAAAUGUU